AGUGCUGUGGAGAUGAUGGGAGCCAAUCAGAACAUCGCCCGUUUGCAUAUUCUGGGAUGUCAGCAGCAGCAGCAUCCUGUCACAAGCUUGCCAUCAAAGGAGGAACUACGUUGGCCUGCGACGCAGAACACAGCGUGCACAAUGUCGAGCUCACUGGUCGUGUGUGAAGUGGAUCCAAGCCUGAAAGAAAAACUGAAGAAGUUUCGCUUUCGGAAGGAGACCACCAACGCCGCCAUACUGAUGAAAAUUGAUAUGGAAAAACAACUGGUCAUCUUAGAAGAGGAGUAUGAGGAUAUCUCACUGGAUGACCUGAAGGAGGAGCUUCCAGAGCGACAGCCCAGAUACAUAGUGUACAGUUACAAGCUGACACACGCAGAUGGGCGAGUUUCCUAUCCGCUGUGCUUCAUCUUCUCCAGCCCUGUAGGCUGCAAACCGGAACAGCAGAUGAUGUACGCCGGCAGCAAAAACAGGCUGGUCCAAUCAGCAGAGCUCACCAAGGUGUUUGAGACCCGGAAUGCAGAUGACCUGUCUGAGGAGUGGCUGAAAGAAAAACUGUCUUUCUUUCGCUGAUUUGUUCUGUUCAUCAUCAGAGGAGCUGACUGGGAUUCAUUUUAACGUCGACUUUUAUGUUUUUGGUACCCGUUUUGUGGAAACCAACAUUUUUCUGAGACUUUUGUUCAAUUGUGAAGGUGCUGUUCACUGCUUGGCCCAAAGCUGCAAAAACAAACUGCAUGGAAUUCUUUGUUUGUUUUUGUUGUUAUUUUUUGUGACAUCACAAAAACCAAUGCAUUUACACAUCUACAUCCGCCUAUUCAGCCUACAGCUGUUUAGCCCCGCCCACUCACACAGACAUCAUCAGGAGCGUUUUGGCUCAGACUACUUCUGGAAUCAAACUCAAUACAGAGCAGCCUAUCAAAACAGAGCUCAUUUACAUAUAUUAGACUUAAAGGCACAGCCUGUUUAUUCCAAAUUGAUAGAGAUUAAAAAUUGUUUAAAACGUUAGAAAAACGACUGCUUGCGGUAUGAAAGAAGAAAAAUAACAGUGAUUAGGUUCCUUUAACAAUGCAGAUGUUUUACGGUUAUGAAUUGACAUGACUGUUUUUCUUGUUGAUUGAAAAUGAUUAAUUAAUUAAGGUUAAAUACCCUGAAAACAAGACUCCAUGAAGAGUCUGUGGAUUCAGCACUUCAUUACACUGAUACACAGGCCGAGUUAGUAUAACACAUCACAGCAGGGAGGGAACUUUCUGCCACGCCUGCAUUUCCAGCAUCAAACAAGCUCUUGCUUUCUUCUAUUACUUUGGAAUCUCAGAUGUUUUUUUAUAUUUUGCAGUGUAAAAUUAACAAUAAAUUGAGUGCUCUCUGAACUGA